GUUACUUGCUGUCUCGCAAUCUCCCAGGAAAGACGCAACUCUCACAGCCCUAAUCCUAGCAACCGUUGCCGGGAUUUUGUGCCGACCAUCGCCUACUACUUUCGCAAGUAGCAGCAGCAGCAGCAGCCGGAGUUCAACUCCAACCUUAACUCCUUGAUAAAAGAGCUUGAUCCGCCGCCACCAUGUCGCUCGCCGAUCCCGUUGCCUUCAUGAAGGAUUUCGCCGCCGGUGGCGUCUCCGCGGCCAUCUCCAAGACCGCUGUGGCUCCGAUCGAGCGUGUCAAGCUGCUGCUCCAGGUCCAGCACAUCUCGAAGCAGAUCGCCGAGGCGGACCGCUACAAGGGCAUGGUCGACUGCUUCGUGCGCAUCCCGAGGGAGCAGGGCUUCGGUGCGUACUGGCGUGGUAACAUGGCCAACGUCAUCCGGUACUUCCCGACCCAGGCCCUUAACUUUGCCUUCAAGGACAAGUACAAGCAGGUCUUCCUCGGCGGUGUCGACAAGAACCAGCAGUUUAUGCGUUACUUUAUCGGUAACCUGGCCUCCGGUGGUAUGGCUGGAGCCACCUCGCUGUGCUUCGUCUACCCGCUCGAUUUCGCCCGUACCCGUCUGGCCGCCGAUGUCGGCAAAAGUGGCGGCGAGCGUGAGUUCAAGGGUCUGGGCGAUUGUCUGAGCAAGAUCUUCAAGUCUGACGGUAUCGGCGGUAUGUACCGUGGCUUCGGAGUGUCCGUCCAGGGUAUCAUCAUCUACCGUGCCGCUUACUUCGGCUUCUACGACACUGCCCGCGGCAUGCUGCCCAAUCCCAAGACCACCCCGUGGUACGUCAGCUGGGCCAUCGCUCAGUGUGUCACCACCGUUGCCGGUAUCGUGUCCUAUCCGUUCGACACCGUGCGUCGUCGCAUGAUGAUGCAGUCCGGUCGUGCCAAGUCCGAGAUCAUCUACAAGAGCACGCUGCACUGCUGGGGCACCAUCGCCAAACAGGAGGGCACCGGCGCCUUCUUCAAGGGUGCCUUCUCGAACGUCCUCCGUGGUACCGGCGGUGCCUUCGUACUGGUGUUGUACGAUGAAAUCAAGAAGUUCCUGUAAACUCCUUCAUCUUCCCACCUCGAAACCUAUCAUUUGCUUUUAAUGCGUUUUAUUCCUUCCCGUCAAUGUGUCCCACUAUUCCUCCCUGCUCUUCCUUUUGAUUCCUCCCAAGCGCCGUUCCCAUACUUCCCCUCUAUCCCUGACUCCGUUUCCCUACUCUGUCUCUCUCUCUAACCUAUAAAACGAUUUCAAAUGUUCCUUAAAGUGCGAAGUGUUGUGUUCGAACGUUUUGUACACACAAAAUAAACCAAAGAUCCAAGUGAUGCAGCGAAACCUAAAGCAGAACUAAUGUACAAAGUUUUAACUUAAGCGAAAAAAACAAACAGAAAAGUGUAUAUUAAAAUACCUGAGAUAACGAAACAAAUGAGAAAAAAAAAACCUUA